AUGGCUCUUCAUUCACGAUGGUCUCAGCCUAUCCCGAAAUGCUCACUUCAGCAAUGGAUAUUCGGCUCGAGCAAUGGACCCAUGGAAGACGCCUAUAAAUCUAUCCUUAUUGAUGCAGACCGCCCAGACACACACUUCCUCACCAAAGCUCAAUACCGAUUGCUGUCCAAGCAAGUGGCACUCGGUCUCAUCAAGAACGGCGUUCAACCACAAAGCAGAGUCCUCGUAUUUUCUGCCAACAAUGUCUACUUCCCGAGCGUAUUUCUCGGCAUCCUUAUGGCCGGCGGUAUUUUUACUGGUGCCAAUCCGUCCUUCACGCCCCGAGAGCUUGCCUACCAGCUUCAGAACUCAGAGGCUACGCACAUGUUUGUUCAUGCAGGCCAGCUUCCUACUGCUUUGAAGGCGGCCGAGGAGGUUGGGUUGAAGAAGGAUAAUAUCUUUGUUCUCGAUCCCUCUGUUCUCCCGCCUGUCGGGCCUAACCCAGCUCUUCCAGCUGCUCGAGAAGAUGGUCUUCGCUUGUGGACCGAGUUAAUAGCGGAUAACCACGAGCAAGCGAAAUCUUGGCAAUGGGUCGAGCCGCAAGAUCCAGAGGACACAGCUUGUUGUUUAAACUACAGCAGUGGCACAACUGGAGUUCCCAAAGGUGUUGAGAUUUCGCAUUUCUCGUACGUUGCAAAUGGCGCAGGCGUUGUCAUGAUGUCAGACAUGGAGCCCGAUCCUGAACACCGAAAGCACUCAAAGGGUUUGGCCUUUCUGCCCAUGUACCAUGCGUACGCACAAACCUAUUACGUCUCCAUCUACCCCAAGGUCAGCAUCCCUGCCUACAUCAUGCCCAGCUUCGACUUUGAGAAGAUGCUACAGCACAUUCAACGCUUCCGCGUCACAAGCCUGCUGUGCGUCCCUCCCAUCCUGGUAUACCUGUCCAAGCACCCUCUUGUCAAGAAGUACGAUCUCAGCAGUAUCAACCGUGUCAGCUCUGGAGCGGCGCCACUGAGCCACGAGGUCAUUCAUAACGUUGAGAAGUUGUGGCCGUCGGGCGAUGUCACCGUCAAGCAAGGCUGGGGCAUGACAGAGGUGACGUGUACUUGCAUGACAUGGGAUCCUCGAGACAAGACAGACCCUGACAAGGUGGGAGAGUUGGCGCCGAAUUGCUCGGCCAAGAUCAUGGAAUUAGACGGAAAGACACAGAUUACGAAGCCAAACGAACGUGGUGAGCUUUGGGUCACGGGUCCAACGCUGAUGAAGGGAUAUUGGAAGAACCCAAGUGCUACAGAAUCCACUAUUUCCGUUGAUGAAGAUGGCACAAGGUGGUUGAAGACAGGCGACAUUGCGUAUGUUGAUGCGUUUAAACCAGGAGGCAUUUUCCACAUCGUCGAUCGCAUCAAGGAACUCAUCAAGGUCAAGGGCAACCAGGUUGCACCCGCAGAACUGGAGGCAGUGCUCUUGGACCAUCCAGAGAUAGCAGACGCCGCAGUCAUCGGCAUCCCAUUCGAGGGAGAUGAGGCCCCUCGUGCCUACAUCGUCAAGGCUCCUGGGUCCCAACUUACUGAGAAGCAAGUGGUGGAUUGGAUGGAGAGCAGAGUGGCAAGGUAUAAGCGCCUCAAGGGUGGCGCUUCAUUCGUGGAUAUGAUCCCAAAGAACCCAUCCGGAAAGAUCCUUCGACGAGCGCUGCGAGACAAGGCGAAGGAGGAGAUGGAUGCCAACAAAGCACCUUCUUCACGCCUCUAG